UUCCCCGCGGGGCGGGGCCUCCGUCGCCCCGCCCCUGCCCCGCCCUCCAGCGCCCGGAGCAGUGCAUUGUGGGAAACUCCCGAGCUGUCCUCCGCGUCUGCAGCCGCCGUGGCCCCGCGGAGGAGCGCGCAACCCGGGGAAGGCCGGAGGACGCGCCCAUAGAAUGCCCAGGGGCGGUGAGCUGUUCUGAGCCCCUAGUGCAGCCACCUGCCUGGCCCAUAGGCCUCGCCCACCAUGGAGUCCAGAGGGAAGUCGGCCAGCAGCCCCAAGCCCAGCACCAAGGUACCCCAGGCCACCACCGAGGCCAAGGUGCCCUCAGCAGCCGAUGGGAAAGCCCCUUCGACCAAGCCCUCGAAGAAGGAGGCCCCGGCUGAGAAGCAGCAGCCACCGGCAGCCCCCACCUCGGCGCCGGCCAAGGCGGACCCCGCCCUCCUCAACAACCACAGCAACCUGAAGCCGGCCGCCACGGGCCCCAGCAGUCCCGAUGCUACCUCAGAGCCCAAGGGUCCUGGGGACGGGGCAGAAGAGGAGGAGGCUGCCAGUGGGGGGCCUGGGUGCCGAGGUCCCUGGUCCUGCGAGAACUUGAACCCCCUGCUGGUGGCUGGGGGUGUGGCCGUGGCAGCCAUAGCCGUGAUUCUUGGUGUGGCCUUCCUGGCCCGGAAAAAAUAAUACCUGAGGGCAAGGUGGGGGGCAUGGAGCCACUUCCUGUACAGACCUGAGGAAGCCAGUGCAUGCAGAGUUCACCCUUAUUUACGUGUACACACGCACGUUCAUUACACACUCAUAUAUGCCCCAACACACACACGCAGUGGAGAGGAGGCCCAAGCCUGCCCUGCUGAUCCAGGACCUCCCCAGCCUCCAGCACAGAAGGAGCCCAGGCUCCCGGGUCCACAGCACGGAUGCCUGGAGGGGGCACAGCUGGGGAACUGUGAAAAAGGAAUGGAUCCUGUGUGUGGCCUCCUGGGCAGGGUGAUCCGGGCCCCCAGGGCUGGUCUCUGAGUGCAGGUCGGGGUGCCAGGAUGGGUUCUGCCUGGGCCCUGUCCUGGUGGGGACGUUAAAGUUUGCCCCACUCUCCCUAUUUCUGCUCUUUUCAUACCCCUGGGGGUCUGCCUGGGCUGAGGCCAUGUGACCGACCUGGAGUGGUCCCUCCCCAUACCACUGGAGCCUGGCUGGGUAGAAAGACGGAGCCUGAAGCCUGGCUGUGUUUGGGGCUUCCCAAGGGUUGCCUUCCCCAGCUUGUGCUCCAGGGGAGCCCUGAGGCUGUGGGGGAGGCAAGGAUGUCGAGGGCCCCUGGAAGCUGUGCCCGCCCCCUCCCCCCCCCCCCGCGCUAGACUGCCCCUCCAGCCUGCACCCGGCACCCUCUGCGUCUAUCCAGCGUAUAAAUGCAAUAACAGGUAGAGUAGAACUGCUUGGUGGCGACCGUCACACUGUCCUCGGCCCUGGAGCCUGACAGGCCCUUUGCACAGACCCCCUCAGUGUGUGCGGCUCCUCGGCACACAGCAGCAGGCGAGCUCCUGGGGGUGGUGGUGGGCGCUGUGAGAACGGGGUCUGCUCUCACUGGCCAUCGGCCGCGGGAACCCUGGGUCUGAGUGGAGGCUGAGUCUGAAAUAAACUCUGUUGUCUAAA